AUGAUAGGUUAUGAAGGGAAUGGCACCCAUUGUGUUGGUAAGUUAUAUAACUUAAUGAUGUAACAUGAACAGAAAACAACACAUUAGAUCUAGAUAUUUUGUUAAAAGAUGGCUAAAUGCCGUAAUAUUUCACAAUCACAGAACUAUAGACGUAUUAGAACAGGACAGAACGAAGUAUUGUGCUGGCAAGGGCUGAAACACGAAACUUCAUUUACUUUUACAAAAACUAUUAUUUUUAAGAGACAUUCUUAGACUACCAGGGAACUUAAUUUAUUUUACUGAUAAAAGGCAUAGAGUUCCCUUCAAUCUGCUCAUUCAAAGGUCGAGAGCGGGCGGGCGAACAAACGAACGAAUGAACACACGAACGAAAAUACAAACAAACUAGUUUUGUGACUACAUUCCGUGUCUGAAUUUACAAAAGAAGUCACAACUUUUAACGUUGUUAAUUUGAAGCGGCAAAUUUACCUUAUGGUAUAUAUACUGUACCAUUUUCUGCAGUAUAUCCACGUGUGUAGUUAACAGUUUUUGUCAUGUUUUAUAUAGACAUCGAUGAAUGUACGACCAAUACUGAUAACUGUCAUGUAAAUGCAAUUUGCACGAAUACGAUUGGUAGCUACUCCUGUCAAUGUAUGAUAGGUUAUGAAGGGAAUGGCACCCAUUGUGUUGGUAAGUUAUAUAACUUAAUGAUGUAACAUGAACAGAAAACAACACAUUAGAUCUAGAUAUUUUGUUAAAUGAUGGCUAAAUACUGUAAUAUUUCACAAUCACAGAACUAUAGACGUAUUAGAACAGGACAGAACGAAGUAUUGUGCUGGCAAGGGCUGAAACACGAAACUUCAUUUACUUUUACAAAAACUAUUAUUUUUAAGAGACAUUCUUAGACUACCAGGGAACUUAAUUUAUUUUACUGAUAAAAGGCAUAGAGUUCCCUUCAAUCUGCUCAUUCAAAGGUCGAGAGCGGGCGGGCGAACAAACGAACGAAUGAACACACGAACGAAAAUACAAACAAACUAGUUUUGUGACUACAUUCCGUGUCUGAAUUUACAAAAGAAGUCACAACUUUUAACGUUGUUAAUUUGAAGCGGCAAAUUUACCUUAUGGUAUAUAUACUGUACCAUUUUCUGCAGUAUAUCCACGUGUGUAGUUAACAGUUUUUUUCAUGUUUUAUAUAGACAUCGAUGAAUGUACGACGAAUACUGAUAGCUGUCAUGUAAAUGCAAUUUGCAUGAAUACGAUUGGUACCUACAUCUGUCAAUGUAUGACGGGUUAUGAAGGGAAUGGUACCCAUUGUGCUGGUAAGUUAUUUUAAGGGGCGGACCAUUAGAAAAGUGAUGGGGGGAGGGGGGUGGGCAAAAUCAAAAAUAAAAAUCGAGCAAGGGAAACAGAAAAAAAAAUCGUGCGCCAGAGAGGUUUGAAAAAACAAUUCGUGCAGAGUCACGAGGGAUGAUGCAAGACUUUCGGGAAGCGUGAAAAUACACGAGCCGUAAGCGAGUGUAUUUUUACGCUUUCCGAAAGUCGAGCAACAUCCCAAGUGCAUGGAUCAUGCUAUCCUGCACGGGAAAACCAUUUGGUAAUUGUUAUAUAAAAUUACUACAUUGAAGCGACGGUUAACUUGAUUAAAAUUACUAAUAAAAUGUGCAGUACGUUCUCACAAGAAUCGUGAAUUAACCAAUCGGAGAAUCGCUACUCUAUGCAUGUUAUUGAAAACAACAACAAAUGUGAACAGAAUUUGAUCGCAAAUUCUCGAAAAUAUACAGCGAAAAUACAGAGACUUUUUCGAUAAACUAUACGAAAUUUGAAAUGGAAAACCCGCUAAACAGAGAGCCAAGGUAGUUUUGAGGAUUCUCGACCUGAAUACUUGAAGAUUGCGAAGCGUUUGAACUUUGAAGCGAGAGAUGUUCUCCUUGCCGUGGUCUGAUGAAUUUCAACGCUACGCGUUGCUACUUGCUGAACAGCAAUGUAUCGACCAAAAAUUUAUUCAUACAACUAAACCAACGUCUCCAUAAUUGCAAACUUACUUCAAAAUCGAAAGGUAUCGCACAAUGAAACUUACAAUGCGAGUAUAUUUGUAAAAUUAUGUGCAAGAAUUUCUGUUCAGAAUUUCCCGUGCAGAAUUGUCUUAUCCUGCACGGCUGUUGACCAAUCAAAUUGCGUGUUUCACUGUAGUUAUUAUAUAAAGCUUAAUGAUGUAACAUGAACAGAGUUAAUGUUGUUCUUGUUGCUGUUGUUAUUUUAUGAUGAUCAUGUUUUGAUAUUCUUUGUUCUUUGCCGAUGUUUCUGUUCUCUUCAGAUGACUUUGUUUAUAUUGUUGAUCUUGCCUUUGGUUCGCGAUGGAGGUGUUGUCGUAUAUGCACAUGUGUAAUUGACAGUUUUUGUCAUGUUUUAUAUAGACAUCGAUGAAUGUACGGCCAAUACUGAUAACUGUCAUGUAAAUGCAAUUUGCAUGAAUACGAUUGGUACCUACACCUGUCAAUGUAUGACGGGUUAUGAAGGAAACGGCACCCAUUGUGUUG